UAUGCACACACACAUUGAAUUUAAAUAUGACAUAUGUAAUGUGAAUUUUUUUAUUAAUUUUGGUUGAAGGUUUAGUUGAGAAGCUAGGUAGCAUAAUUUAUAGUACUCUUUUAAGUUUUAUAUUUCCAGAAAGGCUCUGAGUUAAAUGAAGUCUCUCUAUCUCUCUCUCAGUUUUUUUAUUUUGUUCACUCACUUACCUGCAUAUAUGAGCUGUUGUGGCAUAAGAUUGAUCAUUCAGUUAUGCACUUAUGGCAUUUGGAAUUAUGGAUAAUCAAGCUGUUACAAAAUGAUUUACUUGUUUUCCAUCAAUCAUAUAUGCAAGGUUGUUGCAGUUCAUCAUUCCUAUCAGAAACUUACGAACAAUCCUUUUUCAUGCUGAACUAAGUUAGUUGAUUCAUCUUUGGCAGGUGAGGUUACAUCGAAGCCACAUUAGCUUGUAUUUGUAUGACCGUGGACUAAUCCGUGACCUUUCCUACUCCGAUGGGCUGCUUCCACUCUAAAUCCCCUAAACACAUCCCUGGUUAUGAGGAGCCCGUUAUCCUCGCUGCUGAGACACUCUUUUCUGUCAGUGAAGUAGAGGCUUUAUACGAACUGUAUAAGAAGAUAAGUAGCUCCAUAACUGACGACGGCCUCAUUCACAAGGAAGAAUUCCAGCUUGCUCUCUUUAGGAACAGAAACAAGAGAAAUCUAUUUGCAGACAGGGUAUUUGAUAUAUUUGACUACAAACGCAAUGGAGUGAUUGAAUUUGGAGAAUUUGUCCGGUCGUUAGGAAUAUUUCACCCUAAUGCAUCAGUUGCAGACAAAGUUUCAUUUGCAUUUAGAGUGUAUGAUCUGAGGAGCACAGGUUUCAUCAAGAGGGAAGAGUUGAGAGAGAUGGUAUUGACACUAUUACACGAAUCGGAUGUAGUUCUUUCGGAGGAAUACAUUGAGAUGAUCGUGAACAAGACAUUUGACGAUGCAGAUAAGAAAGGCGAUGGAAAGAUUGACCUAGACGAGUGGAAGGAAUUUGUAUCCCAAAAUCCAUCCCUUAUCAAGAAUAUGACACUUCCAUAUCUAAAGGAUAUAACACUAGCAUUCCCUAGCUUUGUGGUACGCUCUGAAGUAGAGGACUCGGACUUGUGAUUUGUGAACUAGUGUAUUGGCCUAAAUGCACGUUGCAUUCCCCGUCUCAUCUAGAGACUAUGAACUCCAUACAGAGUUUGGAGUGAUGAUUAAGUUGUACACAACAUCGAUUUCACAGAAGAGGGAUUCACAGAAUCGAAGGCCAUCGUGACAGUCAUAGCCAAGGCCAGGCCUUGUUAAGUUGGUUUGUGUUUUGCAGAAAAUGAGAAGCUGGCAGGUUCUACCCAAACCAUGCUCUUGGGGAUUGCUGGUGAUCCAAGAAAUUGUAAAGAUGGGCACUAUGUAACUUGACAAAGACAUGCUACUUGCAGCUUAUUUUUGAGGUUAA